AUGGACUGGAUGCGCCGCCAACUUUUCGGUUUACUAAGCGCAUACCUACCACGUCACGUGGCGUUCAUUAUGGACGGCAACCGCCGCUGGGCACGGCAACACCGCCUGGAGCCGUAUGCCGGUCACCCGCGUGGCUCUUCGAAACUGAUUCAAACAGCGCAGUGGUGUUUCGACGCUGGCAUCCAGUAUGUGAGCGUGUUCGCUUUUGCAGUUGAAAACUUUAAGCGCUCGGAGGACGAGGUCGCAGCUUUGAUGGCGCUGGCGGAGAGUCGGUUCGAGCUCAUUCUGCGGGCGCUGCGUGGGGAGGUCCUCGAGUCUGCUCCCGUUGAUGUAGACACCCAGCGGCUGGGAAAGCUGCUGCAUCAGCAUGGUGUGCGUAUUCGAAUUGUUGGCGCACUGUCCAUGUUACCCGUACGCGUUCGUUGUCUGGCGGAAGAGAUCAACGCAUUUGAUGACGAAGUGGUCACGAGUCGUCUUGGAGCGGAAAAUCGCUGCCUGCUCAACAUUUGUGUCGCAUACAGUGGUCGUGAAGAGAUGGAAAAGGUGAUGGAGCAGGUACGAUGCGGUAUUCGAAAAGAGAUGCUUCGGCCCGUGGACGUGGAUGCGACGCUUUUCAGUGCCCUGAUGUGGAAUUCGGACCCCGCCUGGAAUAAUGCCCUUGAACGCGCAUAUUCAGCACAGGUGGAUUUACUUGUGCGAACGUCUGCAGAACCGCGCUUAUCUGACUUUUUGCUCUGGCAACUGUCGGCGUGUGAGACUUGUGGGCGAGAGGCGCAACUCGAAUUCGUGGACGCCAUGUGGCCUGCAUUUGGCCUUUGGGACUUGCUCGUGGUGCUCGGGCGAUACGCCCACGCAGAGAGAAAUCGAAGGGCCUUGCAGCGUGCUGAUCUACGUUGUCAGACGUGUGGUCGUCAUUGGCUGCAUCCUUCUCUUGAAAGAGACUAUGUUGGAACCAAUUCGACGCAUUUGUUGGAUCGGAGCGGCGCUUUGCGUCGUCGGCAGUCUGCAUUCAUCCAAUGGUCCGAUGCUUGUUCACGUCUCGAGCGCAAGGAGUUUCUCGCUCGUUCUCAGUAUCGUGAUGGCGCAGGUGAUUUGCAGCUACCGAGAACGCCGAUAAGCGCUCCGUGUCCGAGCGAGAGUGCUGGACCUGGGCCAACGUGCUGGAGCAGCGCUCCGGCAGCGCUGCGGUUUCUGUCAGCAGCCCAGAGCCAUCGGGUCAGUGAAAUCGGGAACGACAGUGACUGCGCUUGCAGUCGACGCUCUUCCGAGCCGUGUAGCGAACGCGACGCCAGAGAGCAAUCGACGGUACGUCAUAUACCGACGCCUUCGCCAGCACCAGAAUGCCACCUGGUGACGCCACAACACGUAGAGCGCAUGCCGCGGAGUUUCGCGCCCAUCUGCCGCUGCCUGCCCGAUGCCUGCACCCAAGACACAUGA